AUGGCGUCCAAGAAGAUGAAUGUCCUGGUCUACUCGGGCCAUGGUAGUACCACUGAGUCUGUUCGUAAUUGUAUAUACACUUUACGGCGAUUAUUGUCUCCUUCGUAUGCCGUCAUACCUGUCACGGGAGACGUGAUCAUCAAAGAGCCAUGGUUCAGCACUUGCGCACUUCUUGUGUUCCCAGGAGGUGCAGAUAUGGCAUACUGCCGUACGCUCAAUGGCGAGGGAAAUCGCCGCAUCAGUCGCUAUGUGAAUGGAGGUGGUUCAUACCUCGGCUUCUGCGCAGGCGGGUACUAUGGAAGCGCGAAAUGCGAAUUUGAACUCGACGACCCCAAUAUGGCUGUAGAAGGGGAUCGCGAGCUCGCUUUCUUCCCUGGCACAUGUCGUGGACUGGCGUUUGCAGGGUUCAAGUAUGCUAGUGAGGCUGGUGCUAAGGCGGCCGACAUCAAGAUCCAUAAGGAAGCUUUUGAUAGCGCAACCGAAGGUGUUGCGGAUACUUUCAAGAGUUAUUAUAAUGGCGGAGGUGUGUUUGUUGAUGCGAAAAAGCUGGAGAGCCGGGGUGUACAGGUUCUUGCCAGCUACACUGAGGACUUGCAUGUCGAUUCUGGGGACAGCAAGGCUGCGGUUGUGUAUCGGAAAGUUGGUGACGGUCAUGCUAUCGUUACUGGUCCGCAUCCUGAAUUCGCACCACAAAACCUCAGCGUCGUACCAAGCUUGCCAAACUACAAAGAACUGAUUGACGACAUCGCUGCCACAGAUGCCACGAGAGUUGAUUUCAUGCGCUUGGUCCUCGAGAAACUUGGCCUGCGUGCUAAUGAGAAGGAACAAGCGGUACCGUCCCUCUCCCGCCUGCAUCUCACUGCUCAUAACCUAGCAGACGUUUCGGCACUCGUUGCCAGCUGGGCUGAAAUCAUCACUGUAGUCGAUGGCGAUGAUUACAUCAAGGGAGGCAAUGAUGUAUUCCACAUAGAGAAGGAAGGAACUGCUUGGAGCGUGAGAGAACUGAAGAGAGCGGUGAGUGCAGUAUCGGAGAAACUACCUAUACUGGCUGCUGUGACGGACGGCAGAAAGGAGCAUGCAGAUAAGGGUUUCGGAGGGGAAAGCAAGAAGAACAAGCCCAAGACGGAUGAGGAAGAGAUUCAAGAUUGCAUUGAAUACACUGCAAGUACCGAUCCGGAUCAGAUUGUCGAGUAUGAGAAGAUCGUCAAGGUCGUGAUUCCGCAUGAGAAGGCGCUUCCAUCGACAAAGGAUACACCAUUUCAUCACGAAGCAUACUAUGCUAAUCUUCAUCAUUACCAUAAUAAGCUGCGCAACCCAGCUGCGUCGUUUGGAAAGCAUCUCAUCUACGGUGAGGUUGUCACUUCUACAAACACCCUUCUCGAAAAGAAUCCGUCACUACUCCGGAGUCUUCCCAACGGCUUCACCAUGACUGCGACAACACAAAUUGCCGGGCGUGGUCGAGGAAGCAACGUAUGGGUUGCACCCAGAGGAGCCCUGAUGUUCUCCACCGUCCUACACCACUCCUUCUCACUCAGCCAAAGCGCCCCAGUCAUCUUCAUCCAGUAUCUCGCCGCACUCGCCAUUGUGCAAGGCAUCAAGGGCUACGCACCCGGAUACGAAAAGAUGCCCGUAAAGCUCAAAUGGCCCAAUGACAUCUACGCCCAGCUCCCCGGCUCCGCCAACAACCCCGUCGUCAAGAUCGGCGGCAUCCUAGUAAACAGCAGCUACUCAGGCUCCUCAUACGACGUCGUAACAGGUAUCGGACUGAACCUCUCCAACGCACUGCCCACCACAUCCCUCAACAUGCUCGCAUCGAGCCUCUCCCCGCCACUGAAACCCCUGACGCACGAAAAGCUCCUUGCAUCCAUCCUCGCGCACUUUGAGACGCUGUACGCGUCCUUUUGCCACUCUGGGUUUAAUCGCGAGAUGGAAGGGGAGUACUAUGAUUGCUGGUUGCAUACAAAUCAGAUUGUUACGUUGGAGAGUGAGGGUGGGGUUAAGGCGAGGAUUAAGGGGAUUACGCGGGAUUGGGGAUUGUUGCUUGCGGAGGAGCUGGGUUAUGAGGAGAGGCCCACGGGCAAGGUGGUUACAUUGCAGAGUGAUAGUAAUAGUUUUGAUUUCUUUAGGGGGUUGGUUAGGCGGAAGGUGUAG